UCUGCACAGCCUGAGCGCAUUGCAUCCGAUCUGUGCCGGUCCGAGGGGUCAGAUGUGACCCCCGAUAGACUCAAGAGACUGGGGGCAAAUUUUCAGAAAGCAGGAGAAAUUAAGCACAGGGAGUCUAGCCAUGGUCAGGGAUGACUUUGAUAAGACAUACCACCACAUAGGAGGAGCUGUCACCGGGGAAUCCACGGAUGUUGCCUGCAGCACAACUGCAGAUGCGCGCGGUGAGGAGACGUCUAUCCAGAUCAAGUCUUAACAAGUGAAACCUGGAAUAAAACGACUGAUAUCGUUUCGGGAAAUAUGGUGUAAAGUACUGCACUCCAGUAGCGCGCAUUCACAUGAACGCCGCUGGGCUCGCGCGAUCCACACACGAGCGCUAUGCGGCUGCGGACAGCUCGCGACAGCAGCGGCUCUCUGGCGUUUGAGGUUUGUCAAAAGCAAGAUCUGCAAGUUGAGCUUCCAGUGCAGAAGAUGACACAGAGUAAAUAAGCUGUCGCCUUAAAGGUCAUUCAUUUUCCUGUGCAACAAUUAUGCUGCCAAAAGAGCAACACAGUGAUGGCAAGGCUAGCAAAACCUCCUGCUCUGAACAAAAAGUCAAGGCCAUGAAGGAGGAAAAGAAGGAGGUUGUUUAUGUGGAUCCACCAGAUGGCGGUUGGGGUUGGAUGGUGGUUCUGCAUUGUUUCCUGGUGAACGUGUUUGUAAUGGGUACAUUGAAGAGCUUUGGGAUCUUCUUUGUGGCACUGCAGGAUGAGUUUGGAGGCUCGUCCGAGAGCAUCAGCUGGAUUGGAUCCAUCAUGUCCAGCCUCAGGCUCUCUGGAGGUCCUCUGGCCUCGGUGGCCUGUGCCAAGCUGGGGAACAGGGUUACCUCCAUAGUGGGGGCGCUUUUUGUCAGCGCCGGCUUUAUCACCAGCAUAUUUGCCACCAGCGUGAUCUACCUUUACCUUAGCAUGGGGAUAGUUGUUGGUCUCGGGUUUGCUCUUCUUUAUCAGGCCACAUCUGUUGUAACAGUGACCUAUUUCCAAAAGAGGCUGGCAACUGCAUAUUCUAUUGGACGCUCUGGCAUGGGUUUGACCUUUGCCCUCGCUCCUUUCACUCAGCUGCUUUUGGAUCAGUAUGCUUGGCAGGGAGCUCUUUUGAUUUUGGGAGGCCUGAUGCUGAACCUGGUGGCUUCUGGGAUGCUUUUGCGGCCCAUUAAUGUUAGACCUCCAGCUUCUCCCUUGUCAAACUCCACCCUUCAUAAUGCUGGAUCUGAGAAAGAUCCUCUUAAGAACCAUAUGAAUAGCAACACCUCUAUAUCCAAUGGCACUUCCAAAAUGGACAGCUCACCUCCCAUUCACAGGGACACACUUAUAAUAAAGAACCCCGUUCAUGAACAGAAUACUCUCCCACAUCUGGAACUAAAAAAAUCCAUCCAGAAUGGGGUGAAUGGUACAGACGGCAGCCAAAUGAAAACUUCCCCCGAGAUGAAUGGGGUUUCUCCUGUGGAUUCGUUACUUGAGAACAGCAGAAAAGAAAAUCUUCCUGAAAACCCCCAAAAAGUGCUGGACUUCUCAUUGUUGAAGAACCCUUUCUUUUGCAUCUACACUUGGUCGCUGGUCUUCAGUCAGCUGGCAUAUUUUAUACCUUACUUCCAUUUGUCUGCAAGGGCCCGGAACCUGGGCAUCGACCCUAUGGAUGCUUCCUUCAUCAUCUCUGUGGCUGGUAUAACAGAGACGGUGGCCCAACUUGCAUCUGGCUGGGUGACAGACAGGAAUCUGGUUCACAAGUAUCACUACCAUAAGGCCUACCUUAUCCUGUGUGGUGUGGUCAAUCUUCUCUCCCCUCUGGCCACCUCAUACAUCUUGCUCAUGGUCUAUGCUGUCUUCUUUGCCAUCUUCUGUGGGGGGUACAUGGCUCUCCUACUUCCUGUGCUGGUAGACUUGGUGGGCUCUGAAAAGCUGAACAAUUCGAUGGGGUUCUCAAUGUUCUUUGUGGGGCUUGGUUGUCUAACAGGUCCUCCUCUGGCAGGCUUCCUGUACGACUACACUCAGACCUACGACUGCUCCUUCUACCUGGCAGGUGUGUGUUAUCUGUUAUCGUCAGUUUCUCUUUUCCUCGAGCCUCUGGCGAGGCGCUGGCAAGCCCGGAAGAAGCGGCUAGAGACGCUAAACCAAGAAUUGAUGUGGAGUAAGGGCUGUUUCUGCCCGGCGCCUAAGAGGAAUGGUGUUGUAUAAUAGAGGACUAAACUCAAAGCCAUUUUACUUUCCACCCUGUCAUGUGGUUCACCCUCUGAGGGCUGAUCGGAAGAGGACCUGACCUGAACAUUUGGCGGGACCACAGCGUGGCAAGCAAAUGAAUGUUCAUUUGAAUGCAGAGACCAAUAAAUGAAUGCUUCAGGACACUACAAUGCAAACUACUUUGUUUUGAGAAUGGAGUUGGUUGAAUUGUUUUAUAUAAAUCUUCUUACUUCUCUCACUGCCAUCUUUAAUGGCAAUCAGAUCAGCACGAGAACAAAAUGAGGAGCCUUCGUCACCACAUAAGCUUUUAUGUUACAGCUCAUGAUAAAUCUGGAUCUUCCUACAUUAGAAAGUUACUCAAAUGCUUCCACUGAUAUGAUUGUAAAUUUGUAUCACAGGACACAUAAUACUCACUUAGGCAAAUAUAUUAGUAGUGAAAUAAGAGUAUUUUGUCAGAUGGGGAUGGGUCUAUGCAAUAAGCCUAUUAAGACCCUGUGAGCCUCCUUUUUGAGCCUUUAAUGCGUGUUCAUGUCUGUUGAUGUGUUUUUGCUAUGAAGCUCAGUACUGUGUAAAGGAAUGCAUCAAGCCAUAGUGGCUGACAUCAACAGAUUUUGUCAUUGGUGCCCCAACUGGAAGACAUUUGGGGCCAGAAUAUUCCAGACAUGGACUUCUUUUUUUUCCACUGGUGCCAAAUCAGUCACAAUGUCAUUUACUGCUGACAACAACCAAGAGAUUUUUUGGAACAAACCGCUGUGAAUACAAGUGAAUAUUCUUCUGAUGCCAAGUUUUGCAAGAAUUGGGUCAGUUGGUUUGUGGGUUCAUGUGUACCUGCACAAGAGGCCCAGAUGCUGAGCAUUUAUAUUGAGCGUUCUCUAAAGUGCAAAUCCUUUAUUCUUAUUGUCAUUUUUAUUUUUAGGUUCUCAUUUUUUUGUUGGGUAUACUGCAGUGCACUGUUUAUCACCACUGUUUGCCUUUGUACACAAUGACUGUGCUAAAUAUCCUGUGAUGAGAACCAAAGAUGCAAUAGAAAUAUAAUUUAUCAAUCUAUGCAUUUGAACAUGUCCUGUGUUGAUAGACAUCUCGUUACUGCUCACAUGUUGUAGACUUGUAGUUCUCUCUGGUAAUGUGGUUCUGUGUGAGCUAUUGCCCUCUAGAGGCACGAAAGAUGUACUGCUACUGGAAUGUUGUAUCAAUUAACCGGCAGUCCAUGUUCUGGAAUGUCCAAUUCUUUUGUUUCAUCAACCAAGUAAUGACAAACGAAGUAUUUCCUAGAAUGAGCAAGACACGCACAAAUGCAACAAUUUAACAAAUAAUAACAAUACGCAAUUGAAAUCUUGAAAUCAUUGGCCACUGAUUUUUUAGUUUUUGUCAGCAAGCUUUUCCUCAUCACACUAAAUUGUUUAAUGAAAGCAGGGUUUUUGAAGAAAUGGGUUAGUGUCUUGGAAAAUGUCUAUAAGUUGUUUUAAACUAGCCUUAAAGACAGUUAAGGGGACGCAAUAACACUAUUAAUGUCAAUGCCAGACUUCACCAGCAAUACUGUACUGUUAGUGAUUUCGUACUUUUGGAAAAAUGUGAUAGCAUGAUGCUGGCCUGAGGAUUAUAAGAUGAAAGUUUUUUGUUGUGUGUGUUUUUUUGUUUUUUUUUAGUUAUUAUUAUUGACAAUGCUCAGGACUGUCACGAUCUACAAGACUGCGAUUAAAGCCAGCAGUACAUUUGACAGCCACUGGGUUUCAUGUAAAACAUUUGUUAAUCCCUGGGAGAUCUUAUCUAAAUUAUGAGGAAAAUAUAAAAGAAAAUAGUUUUCUGCAAACCAGAAAAUAGAUAAUAUAA